UAAAGAAAGGCAUUUAUGGACCUGUCUUUCAGUGAUACUAUCUACCAGGUGUGAUAAAGACACUCAACUGUGUUAGCCUUUACCGUGGAUUUUCAAACGUUCACGAUCAGUACAGUUGGGCAGCUGCAUCAAUUGAGCUUUCUAAGUAACUGACCUGACCACUUCCCCGCCCGCCCCCUCCCCGAUAAGUUAACAGUAACACUUUUUCCUUACUUAGGGCAAAAUUGUAACUUAGCUCUGAAAAGUAGCUCUUAUUUGAAUGAUCAAAAUUAAUAUGUCAUCAAUGUAGUCAAAUGUUAAUACUACCUUUAACAGCUUAAUAAACAGAGCUGCUGGAAAUCUUUGUCAAGUACAAGCUUUCAUUCGAAUGGCCAUACUAAAAGAUGGUCAAAUGUUAGAAGUUGAAAUCAACAGUAUACGCUGGAAUCUCUCAGAUCUCUGAUCAGCAGCUUUUGUUGGGAUUGUUAUUGUUAAACUAUUAUCUAAACUUAGUCGUUAAAACCAAAGCAAAGUAAACCGCUGUGGAAAGUACUAUUAAAAGUAGUUUUAGCGUUAGUUUCUUCAUUGUCACAGAUUUAAUUGCCAUACAAUGGGGUGUGGGCUCCUGGUUUCUAAGGAUUACUUUGCACUUUUCAGUGCAUACUUCAAGGAGACCUGAAAGCCGCUGAGCAACUGAAAAAGGAGUUCAAGAUUCCGGAUAAAAGGUUUGUAACAUUUUUUUAUCAGAGACUGUAAACAACGAGACCUUUCUCAUCUGAGGGCCCUUUUUUGAAACAACCUUUAGCUACACCACGUUGAACAAAGGCUUGCUUGUUCACACCACUGAUUUGUAGCCUGUGUAGAAUACAUUUGAAUGGGAAGGGAAAUGUGGGAAUUAGGACGCGCUAGGGAGGAGGAAAUUUAAACGCAGUCGUUUAGGAAAACAUUGGACUUCCAGAUCCUUUUCUUAGACUUAAGGGGUUAAUUGAAGAAAAUAAGUGCCUUUCCAGUCUACACUAUAUACUUUCUUAAGAUUUUUCACGAAAAAUGGUGUUUAGAUAAAAACGUUUAGCAAACUGAAAAUGGCCAAGAACGCGGUUUUGUUAAACACGGGUUAAACUCCGUUUAAACAACUGGCCCAAAUGGUCUCUCUACUUUCAUCCUCGCGCGCCCAUCGCGUUCUCGUUCUCACACGGGCUGUUUUCAAAAUAGCCUGUACUAUGUAGAGCUAAGGCUUGUUUGGUCACACCCUGAUUUGUAGUCUAUGUGGCAAGCAUUGGAAGUCGAGUGAUAGAGGGGCAGGGGGUAAGGGCGCGCGAGGAGGGAGAAAAGAAAGGGUUUCCGUCCUUUCCUCCUCGCGCAUUCAUCGCGUUCUCGUUUUCACACGGUCCGUUUUCGAAAUAGCGUGUAGUUGCACCACGUACAGCUUAUGUUUGCUAGUUAAAACCCCUGAUUUGUAGCCUGUGUGGCAGGCAUUUGAAGGAGUAGUGAAAGGAGGGAGGGAAUCCGAACGCGCGAGGAAAAAUAGCAGGCAGGAAUUCCUUCCCUUCCUCCUCGCGCGGACAUCGCGUUCACGCGCACCUCAGUUAUUCCUCCUUUUCCUACCCCUUCAAACUCCUUCCUCAUAGUUUAGCUCAUUUGCCGCAUUGUCUUGUCUUUAGGCUUUACUGGCUGAAAGUCACAACUGGCUGGAACUCGACAAGUUUUCCAAGGCUCGUAAAUCUCUAAUUGGAUACGAGGUAAGUUUAUUGACAAUGUUUUCCAAAAUAAUUAAGCAAUGUGCUCAACUAGGGACAGAUACGGGCAAAGCUAAUCCUUUAAACCCUAAAAUCCGAACUCACUUACGCAGGUAAUUUGGGACCUUACAAAACUACCAUGGCGACGGGAAUGGAAACGCCUAAAACGCAAUAGGUUAAUGAAGGAGCGGAACAACAGCUUUACACGUCCAUCAAUCUUUUUUGUAAAUUUUUUUGCCUUUCCAACACAUCUACGAUAGGACAUGACUAAAUUUGAGAAAUUUGAGAAUGGGACUCCCCCUACCUUCAGCUCCAACCUAAUUUCCCUUCUUUUAAGUAACUAGACGAAUUGAAAUGAUGCGAAGUCAAUUUUUCAUCGACCUUUUCCAUUGCCGUCGCCGUUAUCAGAUCGUCAGUACAGGUGGUUAGGGUCUACGCCUUGUUACGGCGGUGGUCAAAACAAGGACAAGUUUGUGAAGAGAAAAAAGGAACCGGAAACGGGUUUGUAACAGAGUCGAACGUUUCUACAACGGCUCCCUUGAGAGCAAAGUGCCUUUUCUAGAGGAGUUGCCUUUGUGGGGAAUAAGGGGGCAUCUCGGAACACUCCGCAAUAUCCCCUGGAACAUCCCCCGGAAUCUGGGAGUAAGUAAAAUGAAAAACACAAAAAGAAACCCUAACCCCACUGUGUAAGAUAUUAAAUGUUCAAGAGUGAAUGUACGGACUGUCUGGCGGAAUAAAAAUCAUGCUAGUCUUGGACAGAUGGCGAUUGGAAGAUUCGUAGGUAUUUAUCAAAAAGCAUUUAUUUCUUUUGUAUUAAAGGCUACGUUCAUGAGUUCCCAUGACUGUAACAUUGUGAAUAAACAUUCCAAUGUGAAGACGCUGUAAAUUUUAUUUACGUUGCUUUUUUUAUAGCCAUUUUUUGAAGUAUGCCUGGAAUGCAACAACAGAAUAGAAGCGGAGAAAUAUGUCUCCAGAGUUCUCCUCGAAAAGAAAGUGACGUGUUAUGUGAAACUCGGG